AUGGACAAUCCAGUAUAUUUAUAUGAAGGUGAUAUACCCAUCGUUGAAUCGGGAGAUUAUGAAGUUGUCGAUUCUUGUACAACAAUUGUUGACCAUGGAAAUAUUGUUAAUUUAAAUUCCACAAAUAAUUCCUAUUAUCACAGUAAUAAUCCGUUAUGGUCAACCUCAGAACAACAACAAAAUUUAACAAAAAGACCAAAGCGUGGCGGAAAAAAAAACAUGACCUCGUCAUCACCAGCAGUAUUAAAAAGAAAAAAAAAUUAUAAUAAUAAUUCCACAUCUUUGCCACCACGUCGUCGAGGAAGAAAACCAAAACCUAAACAAGAGCUUGUUCAUUCACCGAAAAAAAUGAAAAAAGAACAAUCGACAACAAAUGAUAUUCUUAUUGAAACUGAUGAUGAUAAUCGUCAGCAAAAAAAGCAGAGACGAACAAAAGAAAAACCAUCACCGCCAUCAUCACCAACGAAGAAAACAAAAGCAGAACAACAAGAACAAAUUAUAGACGAUCAAAGCAGCACCGGUUUACGUUCAAAACGUUCGAGAGCACUUCAGCAGCAGCAACAACAACAAGAUUUAUCAAUUGAUAAUAAUCAAUUAAUUUCAAAUCAGAUUCCAACAACAAUUGACUUGAAACAACAACAAAACAUAACAUCAACAAUAUUACUCAAAAAUCCUAAUUCAUCUGGAAAUAUUGUUAUUGUCGGAAAUAAUAAUGAUAAUACAUCAACAUCAACGUUUAAUCAGGCAACAAUUUUGAAUGCAUUGGCUUUAGCUGGUGUUAAUCCAAAUGCCAUUCAUGAUUCAGACACAGACUCACCAGAUGAAGAUGACGAUGAUGAAGAUUCAAUCGAUAAUAUUGACGAUGAAAAUGAACAAAUUCAAAAUGAAACUGAAUCAGACGAUGAUGUAAACCAAUUAAUGACAAAAAAAUCUCAACAACGUCGGUCGAAACAACAAAUUCUUCAACCAACAACUAUCAUUCAACAUCAACAAUCACAAAUAAUGGAUGAGUCAUCACAAGAUAUUGAUGAAGAAGAUGAAGAUGAUAAUAACAAUAGUGAUCAAAUAAAUGAACGUCCAGCUGAUUUUAGUAAUCCUGAAUAUGUACAAAGUUUGGUUAAACCACAUCGAAAACGUCGAACACAUUUGCCAGCUGAUGAUCAACCAAAAACCAUUCGCUGUCAUCAUACAGGAUGUGGAAAAAUGUUUCGUGAUCAUGCUUCAAUGAACAAACAUCUGCACACUCAUGGACCACGUGUGCAUGUUUGUCAUGAAUGUCAAAAAUCAUUUGUUGAAAGUUCAAAAUUACGUCGACAUCAGCUGGUUCAUACGGGCGAAAAAGCAUUUCAAUGUCCAUUUGAAGGUUGUGGUAAACGCUUCUCAUUAGAUUUUAAUUUACGUACUCAUGUUCGUAUUCAUACUGGCGAUAAGCCGUACGUUUGUCCGUUUGACGGUUGUAGUAGACGUUUUGCACAAUCAACAAAUCUUAAACAACAUUUAUUAACACACGCAAAAAUACGUUCACAUCAACCAUUUGCUAUUCCGGCUGUCACAUUUGAAUCAAAUGAUAAUUUGUCAUCAUUAUUUGAAUUUCUUCGUUCAUGUCUUGUGUAUGACUGGAUGGCAUUUGUUUUAACGUCAAUUGCUGAUCGUCAAUCAUUUUCUAGUAAAGAUAUUGAAUUGUAUUCCAAUGUCACAUUUAAUCAGUGUCGUCUAGUCAAUGUUAUACUUUCAUUUAAAUGGAAUGAUGCUACGUUAAAUGAAGUAUUACAUCAAAAACCAGAUUUUCAACCUCAUUAUUAUUUAAAAAACAAGAUAAUUCAUGGUGCAAUACUACUAAACUUUUUGAAAGUUUUGUUUUUCUACACAUUCCCAUUACGUAAGAAUAUUUCAUCACAUAUGAACAUUCCACAAUUAAAAUCCGAUGCUUUGAAAAUAUUUGAUUCAUCGAUUAAAGCUGUGGCUCCAUAUGAAUGUGUCAAAAAUCAUAUUCGUUUAGAAAAUGAUAGAAUUUUAGUUAUUAACAAUGAAAAAAAUACUAAUGAAUCGUAUCGUAUACCUGUCGAACAGAAUGUGUACAUAGUAGGAUUUGGCAAAGCAGCUUUAGGCAAUCGAAACGCAUAUCCAAAGUUUAAGUCAUCAUUUGAAGUGAAAGAAGGUGCUGAAAAUAACAAACCGGAUAAAGCAGCAAUGGAGACAGCCAAUAAAAUUUAUUCAAUGAUUACUUGUUUAUCUUCCAAUGAUAUUUUAUUAGUACUAAUCUCUGGUGGAGGAUCAGCUCUGUUACCUUUGCCCAUUGACGAUAUUAGUUUAGAUGAAGAAGUUCAAAUGAUUGAGUUGUUACAAAGAGAUGGUGCAAAUAUUGAAGAAUUAAAUACUUGUCGAAAAGCUAUGAGCAAAUUAAAAAAUGGUGGACUUGCUCGUGAAUCAAAGAGUUCAACAGUUAUUUCCCUGAUAUUAUCGGAUAUCAUUGGCGAUCCAAUUUCGAGUAUUGCUAGUGGACCAACAUUCUAUUCGAGAAAUAGUUGUCAAGCCGCAUUGAGCGUCUUUGAGAAAUAUAAUCUGUUAGAUAAAAUACCAAGAUCAUUUUCCAACUAUUUACAAAAAAAACAAAAUCAAGAGAAAAUACAAGAAAAUGAUAGUUCGAAAAUUGUUCAUAACAUCAUCGUUGGCAGUAAUAGUAUAGCAUUAGAAGCUGGUGAGAAAUUUAGUAAAACAUUGAAUUAUAAUCCAUUUAUUGUUACUAAUAGACUGAGUGGAGAAGCGAGUGUAAUCGGAAAGAGACUCAUUGAAUUGGCUUAUGCAAUUAAGAAUCAAUCAACAUUUGAUUCAAAUAAUUUCAAUGAUAUAUUCUCCGAUACUCAUACUUACAAUAAUUUUAAAUCAUUUGUCAAACAAAAAAAACCUUUGUGUGUAUUACUUGGUGGUGAAACCACAGUUAAUCUACGUGGGAUGGGAAAAGGUGGACGGUGCCAGGAAAUGGCACUUUCGGCUGCAAUACACAGUAAAAAGUUGUUUGACGAACAAAAGGAAAAUAUUCUUCUUCUAUGUGCUGGUAGUGAUGGAAUUGAUGGUCCUACCGAUGCGGCUGGUGGUUUUGCUUACUCAUCGAUGAUUGGUGACGAUAUUAAAGAAGCACAAAAUGCUCUUGAAAAUAACGAUGCCUACACAUAUUUGAGCACAACUAAGCCUGAUGAUUUAAUAAAAAUAGGUCAUACAGCUACCAAUGUGAUGGAUAUAAUUAUUUUACUUAUUCAAUAA